GUUAAACUUCUAUAAGUGAAAGGAACACAACGAUUCCUGCUCACAAUUUUAAAAUGUGGAACAAUUUAAUAAUCAGCUGAUCAUCGCCGUCCUUCUAUUAGCGCCAUCACCUACCUGUCAAUAAUAUUUAGCAAAUAAAAAAAUGCGUAUAAGUUAAAUAUAAAUGGAGGAAAUAUCAGAUUUGUCGAACAAGAAGCUCAAAAAACUCGCCAAAUUCUCGCCUCAGGAAUCGCAAGUGAUAACAACAUUGAUACUCGACGAUAACGAACUGCAACGUUUGGAUAACAUCGACUCGUUGUUUCGGCUACAGAAGCUGUCAGCAGUGCGCAAUCAAUUGUUGCGCAUGUAUGGCGUAUGUCGCCUCCAUUCUCUGCACACUUUGAAUCUCGCUCAUAACGGAAUACUCACAAUCGAGGGGCUCAAGGAUCUGGUUAAUUUAAAGUGGCUUUGCUUGGCUGGGAAUAGUAUAAAAACUAUUGAACAUCUCAAUACUAACACGAAUUUAGAGCAUUUAGAUUUGUCGGAGAAUAACAUUACGCACAUCAAUGAUUUAGCAUUCUUGAAAGAUUUAAAGGAGCUUUUUCUACACAAUAACAAAAUUAAUCAUCUUAGACAGAGUGAUCGUUUCCUGCCUACUAGUUUAAUAACCCUGACUUUGGCUAAUAAUAACAUUGAGGAUUUGAAUGAAAUUUCUCAGCUUGUUCAUCUUGUUAAUCUACAAAAUAUUUCCAUCGCUAAUAACCCUUGUGUUAACUUUGGCAACACUAACAUUGGAUUUGAUUACCGUCCGUUUGUGAUCAACUGGUGUUUGAACAUUAAAACAAUUGAUGGUUAUGUAGUGGAUGCUAUUGAAAGUUUAAGAGCUGAGUGGUUGUAUUCACAAGGUAGGGGUCGUCAUUUUCGAGUUGGCGAUCAAAAAGAUCUUGUUCAGUAUUUAGCAAGCGUUUGUCCACUCACUGGUGAAGCUCUUGAAACAGAAGAGGAUCGAAAACUACGUUUAAUUUUGAGUAAAGCACAACAUCACCAACAACAAUUAAGGGAACAAUCUACUGGAUCUUCAAAUCCUUCACCUCUGACAAGGAAAAAGUUGCAUGGAGCGAAACAUUCGCCAAGGUUAAAUUCUGCUCGAGCUACUGCUAAGUUAAAAUCACCAGAUCGCAUGUCUUCAAGCUGUUAUGGAAAUGCAAACGUUAUGGAAAAUUCAAAUAUUAUGAGUCAAAGUUUAGAUCCAACAAUUUUAAGGCAAAGUGUUACUCCGUCAAAAACACCAAGCGAAAAACGUUUAGAUGAUGAGCCUGUUAAUAGUCCCCUUCAAGCUCUUUCAAAGAUGGUUCCAGUACCAGAAUCUCUAAUGAGUCCAGAUUACCGUCCAGCUCCAAUUCUUGGUAAAACUGUCUUAACUUCAGUCAAUAAUAAAAAAUUACCUCAAGCUGUGCGAUCACCUAAACUUGGUCGAAAUUUACAAAACAAGAAUAAACCACAAGCUAAUGAUGGAGGAAAGAGCAGUUCACCUUCGCCUGCUAGAGCAAGGAAAGCAAUGAAUCAUGAAAAUAAUGCCAAUAAGACUUCAAUUUUGCGAAAGUCUCUAAGUAGUGAUGACGAGUCGGAAGUAUUUGUUUCAAAAUUGCAAAAAAUUCAAAUAAGAGCCGAAGAAAAACGAAUAAUGAAUCAAAAAGACGCCGAAAUUUUAAAUAAUUGCAACAGCGAAGACCGAGUUGAACAAGCAGCUGUUUUUAUACAAAAAAUGUGGCGAGGAUACUUUACCCGAAACAGAAACAAGGAAGUACAAGAAAUUUUUCGAACAUUACAAACACAAAGAGCAAAUCAAUACAUACAACAAUUGACUGACGAUAUGGAAACAACUAAAGCUGCAUUAGAAAGUGAACGAAAAAUUCAAAUGUUACAAACUGAAGCAAUAAGCGCCCUCUGGAAGCAAAUGUCAGCUUUACAACCAAAUAGUGGUCAAUCAAGUACUGCCAAUAUGACAAAUUUAUCGACAGAUAAUGUAGAAGUUGUAAAAGAGUUGGCCAAAACGUGUACUGUUUUGCAAAAUCAAAUUCAACAAUUACAAAGUUCAAUGCAAGAUAUUGUCAAAGUUAUGACUGUUUUUAGUCAAACGACUUCAAUUAAUCCCAAUGGAAUUGCGACUCAAACUGAAAUUGUGGCUGUACAUACGCCACAAGGGGAAGCUGCAAAAGUUUUUCCCUUUCACAAACAAACCCGGCCAUCUUCUCUUCCACUGCCGAUCAACCAACGCAAAAAAGACAACGUCAACACGGAAUUGCAACAGUACGCUGAUAAUCUAGUAGAUGGUGUUAUUAAAACAGUGUCCGAAACAAGAGCUGAUUGUGUUGGAAGUGACCUGACCGAAAUAACAGUCACCGAUACAGCGAAAAUGGACGAAACACAAGUAUCAAACUGAAAAUACAUUAAGUACUAAUUUUAUUUAAGUGACAGAGUUGUUGUCGUGUGUACUACAGAGGUUUGACACACGCUGUAUUUAAAAAUCAGUGUGACGCAAAUUGUUUUUGUACCAAAUAUAAUUUUAUUAUUAUACACAGACACGUUUAGAUUGGAGCUUUUCUUGUGUGCAUACAAAGUACAAAUUGUCUUUUUGAAAGAAUACCGAAAUGUAAUGAUUGUGGUACUCUCUCAAAUGUUCAAGACAUUUCGAGGUCCGCACCUACAUUAAAAAAUUCAAUUUUUAAGCUUUAAUAAAUGUUGAAACAUCAA